AUGGAUGUUCAGUGAGAUCCGGGCGGUCUUCUCUCGCCGGUACCUGCUGCAGAACACGGGACUGGAGGUGUUCAUGGCCAACAGGACAUCCGUCAUGUUCAACUUCCCCGACCAGGCCACGGUGAAGAAGGUGGUGUACAGUUUGCCGCGGGUGGGCGUCGGCACCAGCUACGGGCUGCCCCAGGCCAGGAGGAUCUCCUUGGCGACGCCACGACAGCUUUUCAAGUCGUCCAACAUGACCCAGCGCUGGCAGAGGCGCGAGAUCUCCAACUUCGAGUACCUCAUGUUCCUCAACACCAUCGCAGGGAGGACCUACAAUGACCUUAACCAGUAUCCCAUCUUCCCCUGGGUUCUCACCAACUACGAGUCUGAAGAGCUGGACCUCACCCUCCCUGGAAACUUCAGAGACCUGUCAAAG